CGUGAAGAAAAGGCAAGGUUGCUUCCUCUCCGUCUCUGAUUACAACACGCUUAAGAAAAGCCUAAACAAAAUCCUCUACCCUUCUUCUCUCUAUCAAUCUCUGGUCUCAUCGAAAACCCUAAUCACUCAAUUCAAUCUCUUCCUCGAUAUCCUUAUCGCCAAAUUCAAUUCAAAGAUCGAGGCAGCGUUGAAUUUGUGGAUAGGAAUCAACCAUGUUUAACCGGCUCUUUGGUAAACCUAAGCAGGAAACCAAUGCUCUAACCACGUUAGACAAAUUAAAUGAGACGCUUGAAAUGCUAGAGAAAAAGGAAAAAGUACUUAUAAAAAAGGCUGCAGCAGAAGUUGAAAAGGCCAGGGAGUUCACACGAGCAAGAAACAAAAGAGCGGCUAUUCAAUGUUUGAAGAGAAAGAGGCUAUAUGAACAACAAAUAGAACAGCUUGGAAAUUUCCAACUGCGUAUUCAUGAUCAGAUGAUAAUGUUAGAAGGUGCAAAAGCCACUACAGAAACUGUGGACGCAUUGAGAACUGGAGCAGCUGCAAUGAAGGCAAUGCAAAAGGCGACAAACAUCGAUGAUGUGGACAAGACCAUGGAUGAGAUCAAUGAGCAGACGGAGAACAUGAAACAGAUACAAGAAGCACUGGCUACUCCUAUUGGUGCGGCAGCUGAUUUUGAUGAGGAUGAACUUGAGGCAGAACUCGAAGAGUUGGAAGGUGCUGAAUUGGAAGAACAGCUCCUUCAGCCUGCAACCACAGCUCCAGCAGCUCCAGUGCAAGUUCCAGCAGGCAGGCAACCAGCUCGCCCUGUUCCUCAAAAGCGCACAGCUGAGGAAGAUGAACUUGCUGCCUUACAGGCUGAGAUGGCACUUUGAGCAGGUAUUGAUCCCUAGAAUGCGAAGAGCUUAUUUAGAGAUUUGUAUUUUUGAGUUCCCGGAACUCCUUUGGCGCAUCAUAUGUUGCAUUGAAUGGUCUGAACAGACAAUGUAUAUAAAGAUUGCGUGAAACUAAACAAACCGUUCCCUUUCUAAAAUUAUGUAAUCUGCAUUUUGGAGCCUUGGAUCCAGUUUAUAUCAUCUUCUAUGAACAAAUAGUUUUUCUGUUAUCGUGCA